AUGAGCGCUGAACAGCGCCAGGCCGCGGGCGCUAGUAGCAAAACCAAACGACGAUGGACCGACCCAGAAGAUGAUGGGAAGGCGACGGGGGAACCGAAGCGUCAGCGAGUCUCACGCGCGUGUGAUAGUUGCCGGUCUAAAAAGGACAAAUGCGAUGGAGUACAACCAGUGUGCUCGACUUGUGCAUCGCUCUGCCGACCCUGUACCUAUAAGGCCAACCCGAAGAAGCGAGGCCUGCCCACCGGCUACAUUCGCUCGCUGGAGUUGCUAUGGGGGCUGGUCUUCCAAAAGAUCCAAGGCAGUGAAGAUGUCAUGCGAGCUUUGAUGCGAUCGGUCAAUCUUCCGAGUCAUUUGGCUACGAUGGGCAAGGAAACGGAGGGGUCCGAUGCAUUGCUAGCUUCCUUCAAAAAUAGCAAGGUUCUCAGAGACAUUGAACGCAUUCUGAUAGUACUGGAACAGCCGGAGGAGGAAAGAGAGCGAAAUCUCCAGACACAUGGCGAGGGAGAGACACCUCUAGAUGUCGAACGGAUUCUUUCUUCCGCUGAGGCACAGGAGUGGCAGAUCCCGGAAGGCAUAGAAGCUCGUGAGACGCCAUUGCCAGGAUUAUCGCCGACUCGAACCGCGGUGGGUAUCGCUCCAACGCAAUAUACCGGACCACGCCCGACUACAGAUUGCGGUAUCCAGACAACUACACCAGACGACCGACUCUUGUCCUCGUUCACCCUCCCAUCCAAUCCUGAUUACCCUCGAUCGCUCUCCACGAAAACCUUUCUUCAACUCCCCUACAACGCAUGGCCCCUUUUUGAUGUGUAUUUCUCCUAUACGCAAUGUUGGUUUCCCAUUCUCGAAAAGCAUGACAUCCUUCGCACCGCUUUUCACUAUACCGAAGGCGACGUAUACGCAUCGUGUUUAACUCCCGGGUCUGGGGAGCACGCAGCCUUGUGGGCUGUUCUCACUCUCGCCUCGCUCCAGUAUGCCUCUAUCUCAGCCUCCAGCGAAAUAGAGGAGCAGCCAAUUGAUCAGAUGACGCCAUCACAAAUGUAUUCCACUGCUCGGCAAUUGAUUCCGCCUGAAAGUGGGCCGCACGAAAUCGGACACGUGCAAGCAUUAUUGAUCUUGGGUCUGGUCAAAUUCGGACAGCAAGAAUGGACUGGCUCCUGGAUGCUUGUUGGUCAGGCUGUUCGGAUUGCGCAUGCACUAGGUCUCGAUCAACCGUCAUAUCCGUCAUUGUCGAAAACUCCAGAUCAAGAAAAGCAGAUUGGUCGAGCAAAACAUGUGUUUUUGGGUUGCUUUGUUCUCGAGACCCUUAUUGCAGAAACAAUCUCACAAUUCCCAUCCCUGCGAAAGGGUGACUUGGCCAGGAUAGGCUCUAUCAAUGAGGACGGUCUUGAGGAAUGGCAUCCUUGGGAAGAUCAAACUGGGUUACGGCCAGCCCAAUCCUCGCGAACGUCUAUGCAGCGCGGUCCCCUUCACGCGUUGAGCACUUUCAAUCGCCUCGUAAGCGUCGUAUCGAUUUUGAAUGAUCUAUGCUGUUGCAAGCACGAUCCAACCAUAUCUCGAUCACAGCUGGAGCAACUGGAGUUACAAUUACAGCGCUGGGUAACAGAAUUGCCAAAGAGCUACCGUGUCAAUCUGCACAGCCACCCUGUGAGACUGGCUUCUCCGCAUAUCUUUGUGUUAGAGAUGACAUAUGAAAGCGUUGUCAUUGCUCUCAGCUCUCAAAUUGCUAUUCGUGAACAUGAUCAGAAAAUUACUGAACCUCCUCACAAAAUCCGUGCCACAGAAAGCUCGAAAAGGCUUUUGCAAUUGCUUCAGGCCUAUAUGGAGACAUACAGCUUUUCAGCCACUCCACCAACCUUCGGUCUGAUGCUUCAAUUUGGCCUCCCGCGGUCCAAUCAUAGGGACCUCCCGUCAGUCCUUGAUGCGGGGUUACGAAACAACAUUCACAAUUUUUCCUCCCAGCUUUCUGUUUUGUGGACCAUGCAAGACCAAAAAGCCGCCAGUCGAAAUGUACCAGAAAGAUCUCAACUACUGGCUCCUUCUCCUGCGGUUUCACGGCACGUUGAUGCCUCUGCCGGUGGAGAUAUGACAAUCCCCCUAUCGCUCUCAAUAGCCACACCUUCACAUCUUCUUCCUACCACACAUGCGACACAUGCUCCCCAGAAUACUAUCAAUGCCGCGGCUGUCCCUGAACACCCAUUCCUCUCCACACCUUGGCUUAGAACCACACAACACAUCGAAGAUGUAUCUCUUCUCCGCACGCCUUCAUCCCUAACCUCCGUUGGGGGCACCUCCGAUGUUCCUCAACAUCAGGGUCAAUUGGAUAGCUCUCUCAACUCUGGGCUUCCUCAUCCUACAUCGGUGGCUAGCGAAUCCCAUUAUAGUACCAGGAUGCUUGUCGAUCUUUCGCCAUCAUACCAUCACACUGCACAAUACGAUCCAACGGCAUAUCACGACCCAUCGGUCAACAUGGGCACACUUAUUGACAUUGAUGGCUAUUCACGUCUGCGGAGGCAACGAAUCGCUCCAGAUCUCGAUGCAUUAUUUGAUGAGCUGGCGUCAUUGGAUGGUGCCGAAAAAGCCGACAAUCAACCAGAGUUUAUGCAGAACCUAGGUUUUGUCUCUGAUGUGGGAAUUCCUGAGCUCUAUUCGUUCCCCGGUCAGAUAGAGCAUUUCUUGCUGGCACAAACCCAGCAGCUAGCCAACAACGGCGCUUCUUCUGGUAUACGACGAGAGUCGCAGCCUCUUAACAUAUCAGGAGCCCCCAAGUGA